AUGCCCACGCUGGACGUGAGUGAGUUGAAUGUCGUGAUCGCAGUCCUUGGGGGUUUUAUGCUCCUGUACGGCGUCAUUUCUGUCAAGAUAAAGCGCUUCUGGUAUUUGGGGGAAGCUUUGCCGGCAGUGCUGGUGGGAAUCAUCUUGGGUCCCGCGGCUGCGAGAUUGCUGGAUGCAACAGAAUGGGGUUCCGCCGUCAAGGAUCAACAGGAGGCAAUUACUCUGGGCCUUUGCCGUGUCGCCAUUGGAGUGCAGUUAGUGAUGGCUGGCUACCAACUGCCAGCCCAAUACCAGCGCUACCAUUGGAAGGAAAUGUUCAUAUGCCUGAUUCCUAACAUGACUCUGAUGUGGCUGCUAACUUCGGGUUGCGUGAUGGCUUCCAUCCCCGACAUGCCAUUCGUGUCUGCUUUGGUAAUCGGCUCAUGCGUUACUUGCACAGACCCGAUCCUGUCCCAGUCUGUAGCGAAAGGGCCGUUUGCCGACAAAUACGUGGCGCGCGAGCUACGUGAGAUUAUCUCCUCGGAGGCGGGCAUCAACGACGGUUUCGGGUUCCCGUUUCUUAUGCUAGCCACGUACAUCAUGCGACAUGCGCAGGGCGACGUCGGUGGGUCUCACAAGGCUCAAGGCUUGUCUUCCGAUCACCUGAUGGCAAGGGCCGGCGACGUCGGCCGGCAAGGUGGAGGUGUCGGUGAAGCGUUGGGAAACUGGGUAGUGGAAACAUGGCUCUACUACGUCGUGCUGGGGGCCGUGUAUGGCGUGGUGGUUGGAUAUACUGCACUUCAUGUGUUGCGGUUUACGCUGCGACGGAAGUGGAUUGACAGCGAAAGCUACCUUCUUUUCCCCACUGCACUUGGGCUUUUUAUAUUAGGGACAUGCGGUUGCAUUGGCACCAACGAUUUGAUUGCCUGUUUCUGCGCUGGCAGCGCUCUGAACUGGGAUGGAGGUUUUCUGGCGGAGACCGAGGCGCGUCAUGAUGAGGUCAAUGCUAGCAUUGACGUGCUGCUCAACUUCGGCGGGUUCAUGUACAUCGGCGCCAUCUUUCCAUGGGGCGAGUUUCACCAGCCGGACCUGACGGGUAUUACCUAUCCUCGUUUAUUUCUACUAGGGGUGAUGGUGUUGCUUCUGCGACGCAUCCCCAGCAUAUUGCUCCUAUACAAGCUCAUGCCGCGAGUGUGCAAGAACUGGAAAGAAGCCCUUUUUAUGGGGUAUUUCGGACCUAUCGGUGGGAGCCCAUCGCCUGGCAUGCUACAUAACGAGAAACGUCCCGCUGAAUUAUUGCAUUUAGGAAUCGGAGCCGUGUUCUACGUCGAGCAUACUAGGCACCUCUUCCCCAAGCCCGGCGAGGGUGACGAGGUUGAGACCCAAUUGAUGCGCGUCAUUGGACCGACGGUAUACUGGCUCGUCUUCUUCUCCAUUUUUAUCCACGGGCUUUCUAUACCUGCCCUUAACGCCAUCUAUACGGCAGCCGGCGUGCCCCCAGUGGUGGACCCGUCGGGUCCGGCAGAGAUCCGACCAUUGUCGGCAAACCAAGCUCUUCCCAAGAACAGCUAUCUGAACGCCAAGCGGCGGUCAAUCAUGCUGUUUAAUCGCUUCUCUCGUGCGAACUAUCCCGGAAAUCUGGGUUGGGAGCUGCCGUUUGUUCACGACGACCGACAUGAACAAUCUGGUGCCCCCAACCCCCCUACCUUUCACCUGCAAAGCAUGGGGCAUCACAUAUAG